AUGAACAAGAUCCGAAAGUUUUUCCGAGGAAGUGGGCGAGUCUUAGCAUUUAUAUUUGUAGCUUCUGUCAUCUGGCUGCUCUUUGACAUGGCAGCUCUCCGCCUCUCAUUCAGUGAGAUCAACACUCGGAUCUUCAAGGAAGACAUCGUGAGGAGGGAGAAGAUAGGAUUCAGGGUGCAGCCAGACCAAAUGAAGAUCCUUUACAACAGCGUGAAAGAGAUGAAGCCUCCACUGAGGGGACAUGGGAAGAGGGUAUGGGGCAAAGAGAACUUUAGAAAGACUGAGGAGAGUGUGCUCAAGGUUAAGGAUGAGUUAGACCAAAACCAGAGGGAAAGAAAAAUGCAGAACUCCCCAGCAAAGGGCAAGGUUGUGCCUUUGUGGCACCCUGCACAUCUGCAGACCCUCCCAGUGACUCCCACCAAGCAGAAGACAGAAGGCAGAGACAUUAAACCUGAAGCCUCUUCUCGCCGGGUGACACCAAGGCAAACACCAGCUCAGGAGGCUCAGAAAACCCCGUUUGUAGCAGCAAGAGGAACUCCAUUGGUCAAAAUAUCAGUACAUACAGGACCUGCCAGUAUAAAACAGCAGGCCCUGAAGAGUCAUAGUCUCAGCAGUGACACAUCAAAACAAGCAGCUGAAAGGGACCAGAAUGUGACAAUCAUUCUUAGUACUGACAGAUCAAAGCAGCAAUCACAGGCAAUAGCAAAUGAAAGGUCAUACCCUGCCAACCCACCAGUGCCAAAAUCUGGGGAAGCCAUAGCCUUAAAAAAACCUGAGUCUCAGAGCAAAGAACUAAAUGCAAAUGAACACCAAGCCAAUAAGGGUCUUCCUUUUUCCACGUUUAUUGCCUAUUCAAAUCGCUUGAAGAAGCAAUCGAUUAGUGAGACACGGUUAGAAGAUUUGCCAAAGGAUGAUGAAGCUAAAGUGGCUCAUGAGAAGAAAUUCAAUUUCUCUGAAAGCCAUGUGGUGAUUGUAACCAAGGAAGAGCUAAAGACAGACACCCGAGAGGUCCCCAAUUCUAAAACCAAAACUGUAUUUCCUGAAGUAUUGGGUGAAAGCGAAGGUAAACAUAUUUCCAGGAAUGGAAGUAAGACAUAUUUCUCUUCACCUGCUCUGCAGAGAGCAACAGAGUCUCACACCAACCAAGCUUUAGCUGUGGGGCUAAAGCCAGCAAGAAUCAACUUAACUGCCAGGGCCCAGCCUACAGAACACAACCAAAGUCAUAGAAAAGUCCUUUUACCUGAACACCAUGGAAUGCACCAUGUGUUAAGAAUUGAUGUGACACUUUCUCCAAGGGAUCCCAAAGCCCCAGGUCAGCUUGGACGUCCUAUAGUUGUUCCCCCUGGAAAGGAGAAGGAGGCAAAAAGAAGAUGGAAAGAAGGAAACUUCAAUGUCUACCUUAGCGAUUUGAUCCCAGUGGACAGAGCCAUUGAAGACACAAGACCUGCUGGGUGUGCAGAGCAGCUAGUUCACAAUAACCUCCCAACCACCAGUGUCAUCAUGUGCUUUGUGGAUGAGGUGUGGUCCACUCUCCUGAGGUCUGUUCAUAGUGUCCUCAACCGCUCUCCUCCACAUCUCAUCAAGGAGAUUCUGCUGGUGGAUGACUUCAGCACCAAAGACUAUCUAAAAGAUAAUUUGGACAAAUACAUGUCUCAGUUUCCAAAAGUUCGGAUUCUUCACCUCAAAGAGAGACACGGCUUAAUAAGAGCCAGGCUGGCAGGAGCACAGAAUGCAACAGAUAUCAAUCUCAACAGAAAGAAAGUGGCCUGUCCAGUAAUCGAAGUCAUCAAUGACAAGGAUAUGAGUUACAUGACAGUGGACAACUUUCAAAGAGGAAUCUUUACAUGGCCCAUGAACUUUGGUUGGAGAACAAUUCCUCCAGAUGUUGUUGCAAAAAACAGAAUUAAAGAAACUGAUAUAAUAAGGUGCCCCGUCAUGGCAGGGGGGUUGUUUUCUAUCGAUAAAAAUUACUUUUUUUAACUUGGAACAUAUGACCCUGGCCUUGAUGUUUGGGGUGGAGAAAACAUGGAGCUAUCAUUCAAGGUGUGGAUGUGUGGUGGCGAAAUUGAGAUUAUUCCCUGUUCCCGAGUGGGCCACAUAUUCAGAAAUGACAAUCCAUAUUCCUUCCCCAAAGACCGGAUGAAGACGGUGGAGCAGAACUUGGUGCGGGUUGCUGAGGUUUGGCUUGAUGAGUAUAAGGAGCUAUUCUACGGCCAUGGGGAUCACCUCAUAGACCAAGGGCUAGAUGUCGGCAACCUCACUCAACAAAGGGAACUUCGGAAGCAACUGAAAUGCAAAAGUUUCAAAUGGUACUUGGAGAAUGUCUUUCCCGACUUAAAGGCUCCCAUUGUGAGAGCUAAUGGUGUGGUUAUUAAUGUGGCCUUGAGUAAAUGCGUUUCCAUUGAAAACACCACAGCCAUUCUGGAAGACUGUGAUGGGAGCAGCAAGCUUCAACAAUUUAAUUACACCUGGCUAAGACUUAUUAGACAUGGAGAAUGGUGCUUAGCUCCCGUUCCUGAGAAAGGGGUCCUGAGGCUGCACCCUUGCGAUAACAGAAACAAAGGGCUGAAAUGGCUUCAUAAAUCAACCUCGGUCUUUCGUCCAGAACUGGUGAAUCACAUUGUUUUUGAAAACUAUCAUCAGUUGUUAUGCUUGGAAGGAAACUUUUCGCAGAAGAUCUUGAAAGUAGCUGCUUGUGACCCAAUAAAGCCAUAUCAAAAGUGGAAAUUUGAAAAAUAUUAUGAAGCUUGA